GGGGAGCCGCCGCCACCGCCGCCGCUCGAUUUCCGUAAUUUUGAGAAGAUUUUUUUUUAGUAAUUUUUUAUUCUGCCCCAGCUGAUGUUUGAGCCAGCAUGUCGCGGAGGAAGCAAGCGAAGCCUCAACAUUUCCAAUCCGACCCCGAAGUGGCCUCGCUCCCCCGGCGAGAUGGAGACACGGAGAAGGGUCAGCCACCGAGUCGCACCCCCAAAAGCAAGGACGCCCACGUCUGUGGCCGGUGCUGUGCCGAGUUCUUUGAAUUGUCUGAUCUUCUGCUCCACAAGAAGAACUGUACUAAGAAUCAAUUAGUCUUAAUCGUCAAUGAAAGUCCAGCCUCCCCAGCCGCCACCUUCUCCCCCAGCCCCACACCCGAGCAUCCCGAUGACCCCAUGCAUGACACAAUGAACAAAACCCAUCAAGUGGACGGCAGCGACCUUUCAGAACAUCACAGCCUGGACAGGGAAGAGUUCAUGGAGCUGGAGCCCUCCGUGGCUAACAAAAGCAGCAGCAGCAACGGCAGCGGGGCCUCGAGCAACAGCCUCAGUGGCGGCGCCCCAGGCUGCAGCAGCAGCAGCAGCAGCCCCGCCACAGGUACCUCAGCGAUCACAACCUCUCUACCUCAACUCGGGGACCUGACAACACUGGGCAACUUCUCCGUGAUCAACAGCAACGUCAUCAUCGAAAACCUGCAGAGCACCAAGGUGGCGGUGGCCCAGUUCUCGCAGGAAGCGAGGUGCGGUGGCGGCGGGGCCUCCGGGGGCAAGCUGGCCGUGCCCGCCCUCAUGGAGCAGCUGCUGGCCUUGCAACAGCAGCAGAUCCACCAGCUGCAACUGAUCGAGCAGAUCCGGCACCAGAUCCUGCUGUUGGCUUCUCAGAAUGCAGACUUGCCAACAUCUUCGAGUCCCUCUCCAGGUACUUUGCGAACAUCUGCCAACCCCUUGUCGACGCUGAGUUCCCAUCUAUCUCAACAGCUGGCGGCCGCAGCUGGAUUAGCACAGAGCCUCGCCAGCCAGUCUGCCAGCAUUAGCGGUGUGAAACAGCUCCCCCCAAUCCAGCUACCUCAGAGCAGUUCUGGCAACACCAUCCUUCCAUCCAACAGUGGCAUGUCUCCCAGCAGGAACACGCUGGCGGCUGCGGCUCCCACGCCGUCCUCGGAGAAAGUGGCCGCCAGUGCAGGCGCCUCCCACGUCAGCCACGCAGCCGUGUCCGCGUCGUCCUCACCACCUUUUGCAAUAAGCAGUUUAUUAAGUCCUGCAUCUAAUCCACUCCUACCUCAGCCGGCCCCUGCUAACUCGGUGUUCCCCAGCGCUUUGCCCAACAUCGGAACCACUGCAGAGGACUUAAACUCCUUGUCUGCCUUGGCCCAGCAGAGAAAAAGCAAGCCACCAAAUGUCACUGCCUUCGAAGCGAAAAGUGCUUCCGACGAGGCGUUCUUCAAACACAAGUGCAGGUUCUGCGCAAAGGUCUUCGGGAGCGACAGUGCCUUGCAGAUCCACUUGCGCUCCCACACCGGCGAGAGGCCCUUCAAGUGUAACAUCUGCGGGAACAGGUUCUCCACCAAGGGGAACCUCAAGGUCCACUUUCAGCGCCACAAAGAGAAAUACCCGCACAUCCAGAUGAACCCUUACCCUGUGCCUGAGCAUCUGGACAAUAUCCCCACAAGCACCGGCAUCCCCUACGGCAUGUCCAUCCCCCCAGAGAAGCCAGUCACCAGCUGGCUAGACACCAAGCCGGUCCUGCCCACUCUGACCACUUCCGUUGGCCUGCCGCUGCCCCCAACCCUCCCGAGCCUGGCUCCCUUCAUCAAGACAGAAGAUCCAGCCCCCAUCCCCAUCAGCCAUGCUGCCGCCAGCCCCCCGGGCUCGGUCAAGAGUGAGUCUGGGGCCCCUGAGCCCACAACCAGGAGCCUGAGUGGACUCCCAGAGGAAGCAGAAGCAUCCGGUCUGCCACCCUCUGGUGGCAAGAGCGAGGACAGUGGCGGGGUCCCAACCUCGGCCCCCGUGGGGAGCCACAGUAGCGCCCUGGGCUCCCCAGUAGCCGACUGCCCCCCUGGCAGCGCCCCCACCACAUUCACCAACCCUCUGUUGCCACUCAUGUCUGAGCAGUUCAAGGCCAAGUUUCCUUUCGGGGGACUCUUGGACUCAGCCCAGGCGUCAGAGACGUCCAAGUUGCAGCAACUGGUGGAGAACAUUGACAAGAAGGCCACUGACCCCAACGAGUGCAUCAUCUGCCACCGUGUCCUCAGCUGCCAGAGCGCCUUGAAGAUGCACUACCGAACACACACUGGGGAGAGGCCCUUCAAGUGCAAGAUCUGUGGCCGGGCCUUCACCACGAAAGGGAAUCUCAAAACCCACUACAGCGUCCAUCGGGCCGUGCCCCCACUCCGCGUCCAGCAUUCCUGCCCCAUCUGCCAGAAGAAGUUCACGAACGCUGUGGUGCUACAGCAACACAUCCGCAUGCACAUGGGGGGCCAGAUCCCCAACACCCCUGUCCCUGACAGCUACCCCGAGUCCAUGGAGUCCGACACAGGCUCUUUCGAUGAGAAGAAUUUCGACGACCUCGACAACUUCUCCGACGACAACAUGGAGGACUGCCCCGAGGGCAGUAUCCCAGAUACGCCCAAGUCUGCCGACGCCUCCCAGGACAGCCUGUCCUCCUCGCCUUUGCCCCUGGAGAUGUCCAGCAUCGCAGCCCUGGAGAAUCAGAUGAAGAUGAUCAGCGCCGGCCUGGCAGAACAGCUGCAAGCCAGCCUCAAGUCAGUGGAGAACGGGUCCGUCGAGGGGGACGUGCUGACCAACGACUCGUCCUCGGUGGGCGGAGAUGUGGAAAGCCAGAGUGCAGGCAGCCCAGCCAUCUCGGAGUCUGCCUCUUCCAUGCAGGCCCUGUCGCCCUCCAACAGCGCCCAGGAGAUGCAUAAGUCCCCCAGCAUUGAGGAGAAACCCCAGAGAGCAGUGGGGCCAAGUGAGUUUGCCAAUGGCUUGUCUCCCGCCCCGGUCAAUGGGGGAGCCCUGGAUCUGACAUCGAGUCACACGGAGAAAAUCGUGAAGGAUGAUUCCUUGGGAAUUCUCUUCCCUUUCCGAGACCGGGGUAAAUUUAAAAACACCGCCUGCGACAUUUGUGGCAAAACCUUUGCUUGUCAGAGUGCCUUGGACAUUCACUAUAGAAGUCAUACCAAAGAGAGACCGUUUAUUUGCACAGUUUGCAAUCGUGGCUUUUCCACAAAGGGUAAUUUGAAGCAGCACAUGUUGACACAUCAGAUGCGAGAUCUACCAUCACAGCUCUUUGAGCCCAGUUCCAACCUCGGCCCCAAUCAGAACUCUGCGGUGAUUCCCACCAACUCCCUGUCGUCUCUCAUCAAGACAGAGGUCAACGGCUUCGUGCAUGUGUCUCCUCAGGACAGUAAGGACAUCCCCAGCAGUCACAUCCCCUCCGGGCCUCUGUCAUCCGCAGCCACGUCCCCAGUUCUGCUCCCAUCUCUGCCCAGGAGAACUCCCAAACAGCACUUUUGCAACACAUGUGGCAAAACCUUCUCGUCCUCGAGUGCCCUGCAGAUCCACGAGAGAACUCACACUGGAGAGAAACCCUUUGCUUGCACUAUUUGUGGGAGAGCUUUCACGACUAAAGGCAAUCUUAAGGUGCACAUGGGCACUCACAUGUGGAACAGCACACCGGCACGUCGGGGCCGCCGGCUCUCCGUGGACGGCCCCAUGACAUUUCUAGGAGGCAGUGCUGUCAAGUUCCCAGAAAUGUUCCAGAAGGAUUUGGCGGCCAGGUCAGGAAGCGGGGAUCCUUCUAGUUUCUGGAAUCAGUAUGCCGCAGCGCUCUCCAACGGGCUGGCCAUGAAGGCCAACGAGAUCUCCGUCAUUCAGAACGGUGGCAUCCCUCCAAUUCCUGGAAGCCUGGGCAGCGGGAGCAGCUCACCUAUUAGCGGGCUAACGGGGAACCUGGAGAAGCUCCAGAACUCGGAGCCCAGUGCUCCUCUAGCUGGCCUGGAGAAAAUGGCAAGCAGUGAGAACGGAACCAACUUCCGCUUCACCCGCUUCGUGGAGGACAGCAAAGAGAUAGUCACGAGUUAGAGCAACGGGGGCAGUCCCCCAGCCAGCUGCCUCCUGCCCCACCUGGGGGCCCGUCCCCCUAACCUCCCGGCUCCCCACCACCACCACCAGAUCUACGAACUGCAACAUCCUGAAGACAUUCUUUUGUACCUUGUUCAACUUCUAGAGUUCUAAGAAAGCUUAUUUAUUAGUGCUAUAACCUGGCUUUGCAAACAGAAUGCAAGCGUUAACUUUGGUCUUCUAUAUUUUGGACUAAAUACUAAUUGACUAGAGUGCUGUAAACUUGCUGUAACAUUUAUGGCGAUUGCGAGUUGCCCUGCUAGACGGUCAUAAUCCAGCAUUAACUUAUUUUCUAUAUCCAGUUUAAUAUGAAUCCGGUGUUGAUGCAAUGCCUUGGUGAUGCGUUAGAUCUCCAAUAAAAGUCUGUAUAUAAAUGUACACUUUGAUCCUGCUGAAAAAUUGUAUCAGCAAACAUUGUCUAAUCUUUCGAAAGCAAAUUUAAGGGUAGGCCCGAGUGCAGACUGAGCAGUGUGGGUCUUUCAAAGGUUUGGGUUCCUCUUUCGUUUUGUUUUGUUUUGCUAUGUUUUGUUUCAUUUUCUAAAAUUCAGCCUGCCUUUUUUUUUCUUUUUUGUUCUGUUUUGUAGAUUUAACCAUUUCUGUUUGGAAACGCUGUUUGUACUGUGCUUUUUACUUGCGUCGUCUUCAAUGUUCAUAAGUUUCUGUAUAGUAAUAAGCACGCAGAAUUCUUUAGGAAAAAAAGUGUUGUUUUGGUAACCUUGUAGGUAUAUUCACAUUAGAAAAUGUGUGCUGGAAUUUCACAGUGCUGCUAAGUUUAGCAUCUUGAACAACCUUCCAUGGAAAAAAUGUAGAUGCUCUUGUAUAUACAGUAAGAAAUAUCACCCUCAUUAAAAUGUACAGAUGGUCCCUACAAGAGCAAGUGUUUCUUCUUGAUCAAGAGCAGGUAUAGUGUUUGUUUAUUUUGUAUUAGGUAUGGAAGGAAAAAAAAAUUGGACUGUUACAUGCACUUUCUUGGAAAGUUGAAAGGAAAGGGGGGAGGGGUCCAAUUUCUUUAACAUUUAAUACUUACUAACAACA